GAUUGGUCUUGAAGUAUCGAUGGCUGCGUUGAACACGUCAAGUAAUGCUCGAUGUAUUAUGGAGACACCCAUGCUCUUGUUGCUUGAGGCAGAUGCAGCGUUGCUCAUCAAUGCCAUCUUUAACGGCAUCAUUUCAGCUUCAGCCACAGCAGGAAAUCUGUUAAUUAUCUUUAGUAUUUUGCGUUCUUCAGCCUUGCAUUCGACAGCAAAUUUUCUUCUCCUCGGGCUGGCCCUGUCAGACUUUGGAGUUGGCCUUGUGGUAGAGCCUCUAUAUAUUACAGUCCUCAUCACGCGUUACCAACGCUUUCCCAUAAAUUGCACGCUCGUGGUUAUUUACAACGUAUCAUCGUCAUUUCUCGUUGUUAUCUCUAUGUUCACCAUCACGGCCAUAAGCAUCGAUAGGUACCUGGCAAUCCAUUUCCACUUGAGGUAUCCGCAGUUUGUAACGUUAAAAAAGGUAAUUUACCUCCAGAUAACCCUAUGGGCAACCAGUGCACUUUUGACACUGACGCGGUUAGCAAGUUUUCCCAUCUACCUCGCCGUCGGUAUGGUACUGAUCGUCCUUUGUUUCUUCUUGACCUGUCUUGCUUACAGUAGAAUUUUCAAAGUUUUGAGACGACAUCAGGCACAGAUUCAGAAUCAAAUCAGUUCUGAGACAACGCCGAAGAUGAAGCAGUUAAAAAAUUCUGUCAUUAACACGUUUUACGUGGUGUUCGUGUUUUUGGUUUGUUUCCUGCCUUACUGUUGUUUGACAGUAAUCAUUAUUAUUAACUCCAACACGCGAAGCAAAUCGUUUAUGUUACUUAAUUUAUAUUCCACCUCAAUCAUUUUAUUUAAUUCUUCUUUAAAUCCUCUCAUUUAUUGGUGGCGUCGCCGAGAAUUUCGCGAGGCUGUUAGGCAAACAUUUUUAAAUCCUUGCUGUACCAACAGUUGACUAAUAAUAUCAAAUACCUUCUAUACUCCGGCGAAAGCUGUUGGCAAGGGUUAUAUACCAACCUGCCAUACUGUUUUGAACAAAGGUAACGUAUUAUAGGUAACGUAUUAAAGGUAACGUAUUAUUUUGAACAAAGGUAACGGUAAUUAUCAGCUAGUUUAGAAAAGUAGUUUUAUUUUCAGGUAGGUAUCACCUUAUUACCCUACAAGUACACCGUAAAACCAUUUUUGAAGGGUUUACGGUCGUUUCGCCCGAAAUUCCGUUCGCCUGAAACCCUUUCGCCCGAACUGGAAGACGAUUCGCCCGAACAAAAAGUCGUUUCUCCCGGACUCAAAGUCGAUUCGCCCGGUGUAUUCUAUGAAGAUAUAAGUCAUAAUAUGUAGGUCGAUUUAUAAAAUAUGAGUCGUGUAGCGCGAUCAAAACUAUUCCCGAUCAAUAUAAUGACAUGCAUCACGUUGUCAGAAAUGAAUACUGAACAUGCAGAUUUCUUCUAAGCAUGCAAGAAACCCUAUUAAACCGGCCCGGUGCAAUAGCUGAGGCAAAAAACAAAAAAACAAAAAAAAAACACAUCAACAUACUGUAAUGCAACAAUUUAUUGAAUAUGAUCAAUAGACCUAUUUGCGUGAUACUACGAUAAAUACUUACUUCUAAGUCUAUAUAAACGUAACCUUACCUAUUUACAAUUGUAUAUUAUAAUUCCUAACCGAAUCUCAACCUAUUUAAAACUAUAACGACGUGUACGGUAUAAAUAUGUUGACUAAUAGCGAACAAUAAAUUAUUCCU